UCAGCUUUCCUUCAAAAAAAGCCGAACAGAGAACGUGUCACUGCAACCUUGUCGUCCCAUGGCAGUCGCCGGUUUUCGAGUGUCGACCUCAAUCUCUCUCUCGGUUUUUAUGUUGCCACUGUGGAAGGUGAAAACCAUGAGCCUGAUUUUUGUUGGCUCAAACGGUGGCGCCGCUUGAAUGUCUCUCUCUGUCCUGUUUGCGUUGGAAAGCAAAUUUCAGAGACCAGUGAGAGCAAAUGCCGCAGUAUCCCGGCCAUCCCUAGGGCUUUUCUCUCAACGCGUCCUCUCCUGGUCUGCACCAUACCCUGUCUUGAAGCUAUAAAUAGCCAUGGUGGCCUCCUCUUUGUUCGUCGAGGAAGCGGCUGUCCCUGGUGGCAAUCUCGAAGGGUUCUCCUUAGAUCUUUCCCUCUCCCUCGUUUCACUUCUGCUGGGUUCUUUCCGUUUUGGCGUUGAAGAUAAUGGCUACCGCCGGUCAGGUGAUCCGAUGCAAAGCUGCUGUUGCAUGGGAGGCAGGCAAGCCGCUGGUGAUAGAGGAGGUUGAGGUUGCGCCGCCUCAAGCAAUGGAAGCCAGGAUCAGGAUCCUUUACACCUCCCUCUGUCAUACUGAUGUCUACUUCUGGGAAGCAAAGGGACAGACACCUGUGUUUCCCAGAAUCUUCGGACAUGAGGCUGGAGGGAUCGUUGAGAGUGUUGGUGAAGGUGUCACCGAUCUUAAGCCUGGUGACCAUGUCCUCCCUGUCUUCACUGGGGAAUGUGGUGACUGUGCUCACUGCAAAUCUGAAGAAAGCAACAUGUGCGAUCUUCUCAGGAUCAACACGGACAGGGGAGUGAUGCUUGCUGAUGGGCAAUCAAGGUUCUCCAUUAAAGGACAGCCCAUCUAUCACUUUGUUGGCACCUCCACCUUCAGUGAGUACACUGUUGUACAUGUGGGUUGCCUUGCCAAGAUCAAUCCAGAGGCACCUCUUGACAAAGUUUGUGUUCUUAGUUGCGGAAUUUCAACAGGUUUUGGUGCUACUGUUAAUGUUGCUAAACCGAAGAAAGGACAAACUGUGGCUGUUUUUGGUUUGGGUGCUGUAGGCCUUGCUGCUGCUGAGGGUGCAAGAGUUGCUGGUGCUUCCAGGAUCAUUGGUGUUGAUCUUAACCCUAACAGGUUUGAAGAAGCCAGGAAAUUUGGUUGCACAGAAUUUGUGAACCCACUGGAUCAUAAGAGACCUGUUCAAGAGGUAAUUGCUGAGAUGACAAAUGGUGGUGUCGAUAGGAGUGUUGAGUGCACCGGAAACAUCAAUGCCAUGAUUUCUGCAUUCGAGUGUGUUCAUGAUGGAUGGGGUGUUGCUGUCCUGGUUGGUGUCCCUCACAAGGAUGCAGUGUUUAAGACACCGCCAAUUAACUUUCUGAAUGAGAGAACUCUGAAAGGAACGUUCUAUGGCAACUAUAAGACACGAACCGACAUUCCCGGUGUUGUUGAGUUGUACAUGAAGAAGGAGCUUGAGUUGGAGAAAUUCAUCACACAUCAUCUUCCAUUCUCUGAAAUCAAUACAGCUUUUGAUUUGAUGCUUAGUGGCCAAGGCAUCCGCUGCAUCAUCAACAUGCAGAGUUGAGCGUAGAGAGACUGUCUGAUGAUGCAAUUUGAAGAUGAUAAGUGAAAGGACCGUUGCUAGGACACCUUUUGCAUGACACGGAAAACUUUUUCAGUUUUUCUUUCUUCUUUUGUUGGUUCUCUCGUAUGUCUGAUGAAAUUAAUUUCUGUAUGAUGUGGCCAGAUGAAAGAAACUUUUUGUUUUCAGUUUUUUUAUCAUAAUAAACACAGAAUUCAGCAACUUUUUGCGA